AUGGCAUCUAAUUCUUGGUGGUCCUCGAGUUCUUCGGACGAAGAGGAGAUGUUUUUCGCAAACGUUGUGGUAAAGGCGGCGCAGAUUCUUAUGGAGGAGGAAGAGGAAGAGGAAGACGUCUCGUCUAAAAGCGUUAUUACCAGACGAAUACGGGUUAACAGAGACAGCGAAGGAGCGCAUGAGAAAUUGGUGAACGAUUAUUUUUCGGAUGCACCCCUUUACAACGCCGACAUUUUCAGACGAAGGUUCCGAAUGAGUCGCCGGUUAUUCACACGGAUUGCUGAUGAUUUGGCGGGGGUAGACCCGUUUUUCACGCAACGACCCGAUGCUUGGAAUUAUGAAGGGUUCACCAUGUUACAAAAGUGUACUGCGGCCAUUCGCCAACUGGCGUACGGGACAGUGGCCGACGCUUUGGACGAGUACUUACAGAUGUCGGCAAGAACUACGCGGGAAUGUUUGUAUUGGUUUUGCCAUAAUGUGGUGAAACUGUAUAGCAAAGAAUAUUUGCGGAAACCAAACGCGUAUGAUGUUCAACAGUUGUACCAAGCUCAUGAAGCACGGCACGGGUUUCCGGGAAUGCUUGGUAGCAUUGAUUGUUCACUCAACGACCUCAACAUGCUAUACCAAUCGGCUAUCUUUAGCGAUGUCGUUAAUGGCACCGGUCCGGACACCCGUUUUAUAGUUUCUGGGGUUGAGUAUAGACGCAGGUAUUAUCUUGCUGACGGAAUAUAUCCGUCUUGGUCUACAAUUGUCAAGACUAUUCCAUUUCCCGAGGACCAAAAAAGGAAAAAAAUCGCCAAGCGUCAAGAAGCUGCAAGAAAAGACAUCGAACGUUGUUUUGGUGUUCUAAAAAAAUGGGUCAUCAUUCAACAACCGGCACGUGCAUUCACACCGAAGAGGUUGCGCCUUUGUAUGUACGCUUGCCUUUUGCUCCAUAACAUGAUUAUUGAAGACGAAGGUCGGGCGAUUUGUGAGUAUGAUGAGAAUGCAUCUUACGGGAAUACUGUCCUGGUAGAGCCGACGCAACAGGAUUUAAACUCGUUCGCGCUAACCAACGACUACACGCAUGCAAACCUUCACAGGAUUUGGUAG